AUGUCGGCAGAGGAGCGUCCUGUGGACGCCAAACGGCUGGUCAACUAUUCUCUCGUGGCCAAAAAUGAGGACGGCGACAAACCCCGCCCACUUUGGACGCCAUUCUUCUUACGGCGUCCGGUCAUGAUAGUCUUUUUGAUUGGCUUUCUGUCAUGUCUAGGGGCACUGGUUGCGCUGUAUGUGUACACUCAACGCCAGAAUCACACUCUGGGUAUCAAGAGCGACGGAGAUAAAUAUUACUACCUCUGGACGUAUGGACCGACUGCAGUGUUUACACUCCUCGCUGCUGGCUGGAGACAAGCUGAAUAUCGCGCUGCUCAGUUGAUGCCAUGGGUUCUGAUGCAUCGCGGCCCGACCCCAGCUUCGCAAAGCAUUUUUCUCGACUACGUAUCGAAGUGGAACGUUGUUUCCCUCUACAAAUCUCUUAAGCAGAGACACUUUCUGGUGUCUCUCUGCGUGGCAGGAUCACUCAUUCUGGACGGCAUCACUGUGUUUUCCACUGGUCUCUUUGAGUUGGAUUCAGUAAUUGUUACCCGUCCGAUCGACUUAAUGGUACUCAAUAAGUUUAGUGGAGCCAGUUUGGACCCUUACGCGAACGACGCCAAGUCCUUCGCCGCCUGCAUGGCAUUUACAGGUCGCAAUAUGAGUCGCUCUUUUGGUCUGUAUGAGGAUUAUGUUUAUACUCCUUUCCAGCCAGCCAACUUGCAUUCGAAAGGAAAUAACACUAUUCCUGUGGAUCGGAACUACCAGGCAGAUGUAGCCAUCAUCGAACCUUCCCUUGAUUGUCAAAAUGCAACCGUCUCUUGGGAGCUGUCCACUAACAAAUAUGUUACGGGCAAAACGCCCGUAUACAAAACCGCCGACGGCUGUCGUUAUCAAGCAGAGAACAUGCCUACCGCGAUGUUGGAGUCGGAAGCUGAUAUUGGUAUCGAGGUGAACCUCAGAGGGUGUCAAGGCCAAAGAUUCAACGAUUCUAAUACCAAUGGUUCCCCACCGUAUUCCAACAACUGGGAUGCUGAUUGGCGGAUAUGGGCAGGCAUUUCUCCAUCGGUAGCCAAAAAUAUGUCGGAUUCGAAUGGGUGGGAAAACCAUCCAAUCCAUGCUACUGUAUGCAAGCCACGUUAUAGUGUGUACCAGGGCCCAGUGAGGAUCUGGCGCGAGGCCGGAGAGAAUGCAGUUUCAGUGGACAUCCAACGGGAGAAACUGAAUGUCACAGAUGCAAUCGCUGGUGUACAGGCAUCAAAGCUCAUGUACAGCGGUUAUCAGUCAGCGUUGCUGGGAUCCUCGUUAGUUUCUUACCUUAUAUCCCCGGUGGGCUUUCAAUAUACCUUCGCAGCAAAUGGUACUUCAAGGAGUGAUUUUUGGGAAGACCCGGCGGUCUUCAGUGAUGCUCUGACUGGUUCUUUCUCGUGUCUCAUGCAGCAGACAGUGAAGAAUAACGUUCUACAAGAUGAACCACAUCAUAUUGAGGGAACGGACCAAUUGAUUGAGGACCGACUAUUUGUGCGUCAGAUGUCGUUCUGGCUGAUGGCAGCUUUAUUAGUCAUGUUGAAUGCUGUGGUCGUCGUGCUUAUUUGCUUCUUUGUUCCUGUUGCUGUAUGCCCGCGAGAUAUAGGGUCUAUUGGAGGACUCGCUACCAUACUCUCUCAAAGCCCAGAGUUCAUGGUUGCGUUUGGUGGGUCACAGUUCAAAUCAGAAGAGAAAAUGGCGGAGUCUAGGCUGGGCCAGACACAGUACAGUACUUUGAGUGAUGCGAAGGGGGCAUUCACGCUCCUUUCACAAGAUCAAACUACAUCCCAAGAGUCUAGUAACGAUGGGCACUGUUCACCUGCCUGGUGGCACCCGUUCUCGUCCAGCUGGUUUAUUCGAAUUACUGUGGUCAUCAUUCCACUUGCCGUGAUCAUAGGCCUCGAAGUUGUCUACCACGUCUCUACCAGUGGGCAUGGGAUAACCCUAGUGGAUGGAAAGUCGCCUUAUAUUCAUUAUAUCUGGGUCUACAUACCGGCGUUGAUAAUGUUUAUCAUCCGUUGUCUUUUCACAUCCGUCGAAUUUGGCUCACGCAUCGUCCAGCCCUAUUCUCGUCUCCGCGAGGGCCUUGCUCCACCUGAAACUUCGAUUUUAGAGAACCAGCUACGCAAGAUUGCCCCCUACGCCGUCUUUGAUACCCUUCGAAAGAAACAGUGGGCACUGACAGCAGCCACAAUGUCUCUUCUCCUCGCGGCCAUCAAUCCUAUCGUUGUCUCCGGUCUCUUUACAGCCAAAUCCUCCGAGCCCACAUUCCCCGUGAACCUCACACAAAUCACCCGCUGGAAUCUAGGUGACCCUGUCCCUCCCACUGAAAUCAUGAACUACUGGAAGUCACGAGGCUUUGAUAUCGACUAUACAGCCGGUCUUAUACUUAACCUCAACCUCUCUGAUCCCCAAUGGACAUACAAUAACCUGGCCUUUCCUCAAUUCGCACUCACCAGCAAUGAUAGUCCGAUACCAGAAACGGGAUUUAUUGACGCACGCAUCCCCGCUCUCCGCAGCCAGUUGGCCUGCGAACUAGACCCGGCGAACAGUGCCUGUGAGGUCAGCAGGGGGGCAUUAUGGUGCGAUAUUGACAACCCUUGCUACAUGGAUUUCAGUAGCACUGGCAAUGUGAAUAAUCUGGACUAUGUUCUCACAUACGCCGGUAGGCCAGCUGGGAAUAGUUAUCCCUCAAAUUGCUCUACACAUAGUAUGCUGUACGGUAAAAAGGGCGAGGGCAAUACUACUUCCACUGGUUACUAUGAUGAUUACCGUCAUUUCUACUGCAACGCCACAAUGGAAGUAGUCGAGGUCGAUACAAAACUCCAGCUUCCUUCACUUUUGAUCGACACGGACACCCCGCCCAGAAUAGUUGAGAGCUCGGCUCGACAACCAUUCAAAACAAACGCUUCUUCAUUCCCAUCAUUCGACGAAAUGAUUGAUUUCUUCUUCGCAACCGAUGCUAAAUUCAACGACGCCUUCUUGGCAACGAUAGUAGAAGGCACCAAUGGCGUCCCUUUAAAUGAACUUCUCAACCCGGACACAUUAGUCGCACGCAUCAACGUGGUUUGGGGAGUCCUCAUUGCCCAACUACUCAAUACCAAUGCGAGAGAAUCUUUCAGUAACCCAUACAACACGACAUAUUUUGUUGAACCCGCCACCAUGGAAGCACCUAUCUACACGGGCAUUUUACACGAUGGAAGGAAGUAUCUUGUGCAAAACGAGAUCUCAACUCGAAUUCUGGACGGAGUGCUUGGAAGCAUGGUUCUGUGCGCGCUGAUAGCGCUGUUUGUUAUGCGUACUAAGAGGGUUCUUCCUAAGAGUCCGACUAGUAUUGCUUCUGUUGCGAGUUUUUUAUAUGGAUCGCGCAUUCUACGCUCUGCCAUUCCCAGUGGCUCGGAAUGGUGCUCGGAUGAGGAGCUCAAGAAGCGAAGAGUGUUUGAAGGAAGCUCGUUCUCGAUGGGUUGGUGGGAGGAGAAACAGAGGGAUCGCACCGGGUCUGUUUCUUCUAGUCUUUCCAGUGUGUCUGAGGAUGAGUUUCAGGAGCAGGAACAGUCUGAUGGAGUUCAGACUUGUUUGAGUGACGAAGACGGUCUCAAGCGGCGGACUAGAUUCGGGAUUGAUGUUGAUAUUGCGGAUAGGCCGUUGUUGCGCAAUCCUUCUCCUGUUUGA